CCGUAGGACCCCAAUUCUACACCGGCGUCAUUACCUUGUGAGGGAUGAGCGUGGGCUUGGAUUUCGCGGAUCGAGCAAGAACAUUGCUACCUGAGACAGUAUUGCCAUUGAUGAUAGCGGCCAGUCACCUUUCGCAAUAUCAUCCAUAGUUUCUCGAGAAGAUAUGCAUAUUGGAAACUUGCAGCCUUUAGACAUCAGCCACGACGCUCCAGUGUUAUGGGACGUAAUAUCUGAAGCUUGAAAGGCAUUCAAGUAGAUGGAAAGCGGAUAUGAGCCAACGCGACGAAACGGCGACUGGGAUGCGUGGCUAACGAGCUCGCUUGCUGCUCUGACGGACGCGAAGCUGCUGAGGACAUUAAGGCCAACCGUGUGGUGUAAUUCAUCAUCCGAGGCGCUCAUCCACCCAGCUGACCUCGAGGCGUGGGCGGCCGGCCUGCCGCCGGUGGUCCGGCAUUACGACCAAUGCGCCGGGCUGGGGGGAGCAGCGGUGGCGGUUGGGGCUGGGGGGACGGUGGAUGGUCCCCCUAGCUGCGCUACCGCCGGUGCGUCAUGCGGCAGCAGCGGUUGCGGCAGCAGCUGCUGCGGCGGCGGCCCCUUCACCUCUGGCAGGGCGCCGGCGCCCGCGGCUGGCCCCACCAGCGGUGCCGCAGGUCUUUACAGCGGCUGCAGCCCGGGUUGCAGCGCCAACAACUGUGGCACCUCGAUCAGCACCAGCAGCAGGCGGGCCAGUGGCGGGCUGGUACGGCUAAAGCUGUUCUCGCUGAAUGACUACCUGGGGCUCGCCUCACAUCCGGACGUGGCGGCGGCGGCGGCGCGGUCGGCACUGCGGGUGGGCCUGGGCCCCCGCAGCAGCGCGCUGGUGGCCGGCUACAGCCACAGCCACCGGCAGCUGGAGGCGGGCCUGGCGCAGCUCAAGGGCGCCGAGGACUGCCUGCUGUUCCCCACCGGGUUCGCAGCCAACCUGUCCGUGCUCACUACCCUGGCAGGCACCGCCGCAGGCGAGGGCGGUGUGGCCAUAUUCAGCGACGAACUCAACCACGCCUCCAUCAUCGACGGCGCGCGGCUGGCGCUGAGAUCCGGAUCCAGCUCUGGAUCUAGCAGUUCUGGAUCUGGAUCGGCUGGUGGCGGCGGCGGCGUGAGCCUGCACGUGUACCGGCACAACGACCUGAACCACCUGGAGGAGCUGCUGUCCGCCUGCCCGCCCCGCUGCCGGCGGCUGGUGGUGGCGGACUCGCUGUUCAGCAUGGACGGCGACUUUGCGGACCUGAGGGGCCUGGUGGCUCUCAAGCGCCGCCACGGCUUCCUGCUCGCGCUGGACGAGGCGCACGCCACCCUGGUGUGCGGGGCCGGGGGUGGAGGGGCGGCGGAGGCGGCGGGCGUGGCGGACCAGGUCGACCUGCAUGUGGGCACGCUGUCAAAGGCCUUUGGCGCGCUGGGCGGAUUCGUGGCGUGCAGUUCCGCCAUGAAGAGCCUGCUGCUCAACCGCGGCCGCGCCUACGUCUACUCCACCUCCCUGCCCGUGCCGGUGGUGGAGGCGGCGGCGGCGGCACUGCGCGUCAGCCAGAGGUGAGGAUGGGGAAGGGGAGGGGGGGUAGAGGAUGG